CAUACAUUAGAGGAUCUACACCCUGAUCUACAGCAUUUAGAAAUCUGCAUUCAGAAUGGAUGAUGGAUACAGAAAUACAAACCUCUAUCAAGGGGGCAGGGAGGCAAACCAAGUUUCGGAUGACUAUAGGUACCAGGAUGGUAACUACGAAGGGUAUGUACACAAUGAUGGCUACUACCAUGGUGGGGAUGAACCUCAUCAUGAAGAAGAUGCCCAGAGUGAUGUUACAGAAGGCCAUGAUGAAGAUGAUGAGGUCUAUGAGGGGGAGUACCAGGGAAUCCCACACCCAGAUGACAUUAAAGCCAAGCAGAAGAGAACCCCUGCAGCAGCUGAUGACUACAGAGACCAUGCUGACCUCAUGGCAGAGAGGAUGGAGGAUGAGGAGCAGCUUGCCCACCAAUAUGAGAACAUCAUUGAGGAGUGUGGCCACGGACGCUUCCAGUGGACACUUUUCUUUGUCUUAGGGCUGGCGCUGAUGGCAGAUGGAGUGGAGGUGUUUGUGGUUGGAUUUGUUCUGCCCAGCGCAGAGAAGGAUAUGUGCUUAUCCAGUUCAAACAAGGGGAUGCUCGGCCUGAUAGUCUACCUGGGAAUGAUGGUGGGGGCUGUCGUAUUGGGUGGCCUAGCUGAUAAACUGGGAAGGAAGAAAUGCCUCAUCAUAUCACUUGCAAUCAAUGCUGCCUUCGCGUUCCUUUCCUCCUUCGUCCAGGGAUAUGGAUUCUUUCUCUUCUGCCGCCUUAUCUCUGGCCUCGGUAUUGGGGGAUCCCUCCCCAUUGUGUUUGCCUAUUUCUCUGAAUUCCUGUCUCGGGAGAAGAGGGGGGAACACCUGAGCUGGCUGUGCAUGUUCUGGAUGAUUGGUGGCAUUUUUGCUUCAGCGAUGGCUUGGAGCAUCAUUCCACAUUAUGGCUGGGGUUUCAGUAUGGGAACCAAGUACCACUUCCACAGCUGGAGAGUCUUUGUGCUUGUCUGCUCUCUGCCCUGCCUCGCUUCUCUGGUGGCACUGAAAUUCAUGCCUGAAAGCCCACGUUUUUUGCUGGAGAUAGGCAAACAUGAUGAAGCCUGGAUGAUCCUCAAACAAGUUCAUGACACCAACAUGCGGGCCAAGGGUGAGCCAGAGAGGGUGUUUACGGUUUCCUAUAUCAAAACUCCAAAGCAAGUAGAUGAAUUUAUUGAAAUCCAGAGCUCAACAGGUACCUGGUAUCAGCGGUGGCUGGUCAGAUUCACGACCACUUUCAAGCAGGUCUGGGACAAUGUUCUGUAUUGUUUAACAGCCCAGUACAGGAUGAACACACUGAUUCUGGCUGUAGUUUGGUUUACAAUGGCCUUAAGUUACUAUGGCCUUAUCGUCUGGUUCCCUGACAUGAUUCGCUAUCUCCAAGAAGAGGCGUAUGAAUCCCGUGUGAAAAUCUUUGAAGAGGAAGAAGUGUCACACUUCACCUUUAAUUUCACCCUGGAAAACCAAAUCCACAGAAAUGGGGAGUAUAAGAAUGACAAAUUUAUUGGCAUGAAAUUCAAGGAAGUGAGAUUUGAGGACUCCUUGUUUGAGGAUUGCUAUUUUGAAGAUGUGACAUCCAGUGAGACCUUCUUUGAAAACUGCACCAUUGUGUCCACUGUAUUUUAUAACACAGAUAGAGAGCAUAAAGGUAUUUGGGUUUUUUUGAAGAUUUUAUUCAUUUUGGAGGUAAAACAUUGCCACUUGGAGGUUGUCUUUAUCAGUGGGGAGGUUGACAUGGAUUGAGGAAAUGGAUAACUGCUUUUUUUUUUUCCUUGGCUCCCUGCUGUAGGUGGCUCGAUGCUGAUCUCUGCAGUGUGCUGCUUCUUUCUCUUUUUUGGCAACAGCGAGUCAGCAAUGAUUGGCUGGCAGUGCCUGUUUUGUGGGGCCAGCAUUGCUGCCUGGAAUGCCCUGGAUGUGAUCACCGUUGAGCUCUAUCCCACCAACAAAAGAGCAACAGCUUUUGGCAUCCUCAAUGGGCUUUGCAAGUUUGGUGCCAUUCUGGGGAACUCGAUCUUUGCCUCCUUUGUUGGGAUAACCAAGGUGGUUCCCAUUCUUCUGGCUUCCUCUGCUCUGGUUGGAGGUGGCCUGCUAGCUUUGCGCCUACCAGAGACUCGAGACCAGGUCCUCAUGUGAGCAGCUGAGGCCAGCGGGACAAGGCGGGUAAAGGAGAAGAACAACAAAAAAGAG